UCCUCUUUAGCACUGAGGGUGGGGGAGGGGGAGGAAGAACGUCCAGACACGGGAUCAUCCGUCCAGCAAAGCCAAGAGGAAAAAUCUUUGGCCAGGGAGGCGUUUGGCACCUUUAGGGAAGCCCUUAGAGACCUGUAAAGGAUCAGGCUGUUCGGGCGGCUGACUGACAGGCGGACAUACACAGUAGUUCUGACUGGAAUGGCAGAUGAUAACGUAUCAGCCGGCAGUGGGAUGGAGAUGGACGACCGUCUCUCUCACCUGGAGCAGAGGGUGCAGCUGCAGGAGGAUGAGAUUCAGCUGCUAAAGGCGGCGCUGGCCGAUGCUUUGAGACGACUGGGCUGCUGUGAGGAGAUCACACAAGCCAGCAACAAGAAAAGUGGACCUACUAAAGUUCGGCAGAUACUGCAAGCUCUGCCAUCCAAGCCUCUGACAAAUGGCUAUGUGCAAACAAAACGCUUGAGCGGCUUUCCUUCCUCUCCCUCAUCUCCAAAAAAGGAAGUGCUGAUGUCUAUCAAGAGGAAGAGCAUGUCCACUGAACGCCUGUCCACAGUGAAGAAGGAGAUGGCCGAUUCCCGCAGCAGAACCACCUCAUCCAGCAGUUCAACAUGCGGAAAGAGAGACAGCAAAACCAAAGAGUGCUCCUUCAAUGCUGAUGAGGGUUACGUUCGGAUGUUUUUACGUGGACGUCCGAUCACCAUGCAUAUUCCAGACCAGCUGAGGUACAGCUACAGUCUUGAAAGCAAGGUGGCGCUGCCGGAGCGCAAGCUGAAACUUCAAUGGGUUUAUGGCUAUAGGGGAAGAGACUGUCGCUCUAACCUCUACCUGCUGCCGACUGGAGAGAUUGUGUACUUUAAUGCUUCCGUAGUGGUGCUUUACAACGUUGAAGAGCAGCAACAAAGGCACUAUCUGGGCCACAACGAUGAUGUCAAGUGUUUGGCCAUCCAUCCAGACAUGGUCACUAUAGCAACAGGACAAGUUGCCGGAACAUCCAAAGAUGGCAAAGCUCUGCCACCUCAUGUCCGUGUCUGGGACUCUGUCAGUCUGAACACUCUUCAUGUGAUUGGAGCAGGUGUGUUCGACCGAGCUGUCACCUGUGUUGCCUUCUCAAAGUCGAAUGGUGGAGCUCAUUUGUGUGCGGUUGACGAUGCAAAUGAUCACAUUUUGUCAGUUUGGGACUGGCAGAAAGAAAAGCAGCUUGCCGAGGUUAAGUGCUCUAAUGACUCUGUUUUGGGUGCUGUCUUCCACCCUAUGGAGGCAAAUCUUAUUGUCACCUGCGGGAAGUCUCACAUCAACUUUUGGACAGUGGAAGGAAGUACUCUCACUAAACGCCAAGGACUGUUUGAGAAACAUGAAAAACCCAAGUAUGUACUCUGCAUUGCUUUUGCUGAGAAUGGAGAUGCAAUUACAGGAGAUUCAAGCGGGAACAUCUACAUCUGGGCUAAAGGUGGAAACCGGAUCAGCAAGGUGGUUUCAGGAGCUCAUGAGGGUGGCAUCUUCUCUCUAUGUGUGCUGAAGGAUGGGACACUAGUUUCUGGAGGAGGGAAAGACCGCAAGGUUCUGCUGUGGGACCAUGAUUACCGCAAGAAGAGCGAGAUGGAGGUUCCUGAGGCGUUUGGCCCUGUCCGCACUCUUGCUGAAGGAAAACAGGAUGAAUUGUUUGUAGGAACAACUAAAAAUGCUGUUCUACGGGGAUCUUUCUCUGGUUCUCUCACCCCUAUUGUUCAGGGUCACACUGAUGAGCUGUGGGGUUUAGAUGUUCAUCCCAGCACUGAGCAGUUUGUGACAUGUGGUCAAGACAAGCAGGUCUGUCUGUGGGACACCUGCUCCCAUCUGCCUCUGUGGACCAAGGCCAUUGAGGACCCUGCACGUUCUGUUGGAUUUCAUCCCAGUGGCACAGUGGUUGCUGUGGGAACCAUGACAGCAAAGUGGUUGGUGCUGGACACUGACACACGUGAUCUCGUCUCUAUGCAUACAGAUGGCAAUGAAAUCAUCUCUGUUGUCAAAUAUUCUCCAGAUGGGGCGUACCUGGCUGUAGGAUCCCACGAUAACUUUGUUUACAUCUACUCUGUUACUGAAAAUGGCAAGAAAUACAGCCGUGUUGGCAAAUGCACUGGACACUCCAGCUUUGUCACUCAUCUCGACUGGUCCACCGACAGCCAGUUUAUUGUAACCAACUCAGGCGACUAUGAGAUCUUAUACUGGGAGGCAUCCAGUGGGAAGCAUAUUACUAAUAAUGAUAUAGUACGUAAUCUGGAGUGGGCCACCUCAACCUGUGUGCUGGGUUUCAGUGUGUUUGGAAUCUGGCCAGACGGUGCUGAUGGAACAGAUAUUAAUGCUGUAUGCAGGUCACAUGACAAAAACCUCCUUGCCUCCGCUGAUGAUUUUGGCAAAGUGCACUUGUUUUCUAACCCCUGUUCUCAACCAAGGGCUCCCAGCCACAUCUAUGGUGGGCACAGCAGCCAUGUGACCAAUGUUGCCUUUCUGCAUGACGACAGUCAUCUUAUUUCUACCGGUGGGAAGGACACCAGCAUUCUUCAAUGGGUGCUGGCUUAGUCUGAUCUGAGCCCUCACUGUAAACUCCUGCCCACUAGAGGGCAGCACUGCUGUGCCUAAUUCUCUGCUGUCUGUUUGCCUGUAUUGUGUACUGUAUCAUUAGGUUUUCCAUUACGUGCUGGUCCAGAGUCAGUUUUGCCUCUUGCCCGGGUGUAAUUAUGGGGAUUGUCUGAGGGUUAGAGGCUGAGCUUGCAAUCAGAGUUGAAUGACCACUAGAAGGAGCUCUGGUGCAGGAGAAGAAGCAUGUUGUCUACUGUUGACUAUUUAUGCCUAUUUAAAGAGUUUUAGCUGCUAUUUGUGUUGCCGAAGCCUAUAGAAAUACAUAAUGCUGUCACUUAGUGGAGGCUGUAUUUUAAUAUUAAAAGUACAUGAUAAUGUUGUGGCACUUAGCUUUUGAUGCAUAUCUAGGGGUGAACUUAAGCUGUGCUUUGCCUUUUAUUUGUUAAUAAAGUUUCUCAUAAUGAAUUUACUCCAAUAA